UCAAAAUCGUGUAGCAAGAGUAUUCACUCGUUUGAGGUUCUAAAAGCUGGAGAUUAUUUAGAACACGUGGGUCUAAAAUUAGUUACAUUUGGCUGGAACUUGUGUUUUAUAUUUAAACUGAUAAAUCAACGAAAGGUGAAAUAAGUAGUGUGCUGACGAUAAUUGGUGAUAAUAAGUAACACACCAAGACUGCUUCAAGGUUGUGUAUUCAAACGUGAAGACGUAUUAAACGAUUUACCGUACGUUUGAACACAAAUUUGGACAUACAUGUUAAUUAAUAGCAGUUAUAAAAGAACAGAUACAGAAUUUGAAACAAGGGCAUGAGAAGGGCUAGUUGGAACAUAACAUAUUCAGAAUUUGAAACAGACAUUUGAAACAAGCCGGAGAUUAAAGGGGAACGGACACUCGUGGAUUAGUGGGAAUUAUGAUUCCUGACCAUCAAUUAAUGGCUGAGAAAAAGAGCCCAGAAAUAUCUCCUCUCCAAAACAACAGUUCUCCCAUGCAGACCUUUACUAAGGAGCAGUUUCUUGCAGUUUCCGAAAUGAUGGAGCACCAUACGAGUCACCAACAGUUGCAGCAGCAUUUAGCAUUCACACAGCAACAGUUGGACUUUUCAAUCAAGCAAGAAAAUCAGGACUACAGUCUGAGCGAUGAAAGUGACACUUCAUCUAUCAAAGGACGUUCACAAUCUAAGAAACGUAAAAUGAACGCACGACGAAGUGAUAGUCUUGAAAACGUGUCAUCUCCGACGAAUUCCGAAAGUUCCGACGGAAGCAGAAAACGCCGAAAAGGUCCCCAAUCCAUGGAGGACAUGCAGAAUCAACGUUGCAUGGCUAACGUCAGGGAACGUCAACGUACACAGUCGUUAAACGACGCGUUCACGCAGCUCAGGACUAUUAUUCCGACGCUUCCUUCAGACAAACUAAGCAAAAUACAGACUCUGAAGCUUGCGACACGUUAUAUUGACUUCUUGUACCAAGUGUUAAGAAAUGAUGACAUCGAGUCGGACUCAAAAAUGUCGAGUUGUAACUACGUGGCGCACGAGAGACUUAGUUACGCUUUCUCUGUUUGGAGAAUGGAAGGUGCCUGGUCACUUCCGUCGCACUGACGUCAUUUUCUAGAAAUAUGAUGACGUCAUCAACUUUAUUUAUUUUAUACAUUCGAUACGGAUUCCGCGAGAUGGAUGGUCUUACCAUCAGCAAAUGUAGGACUGAGGAAUAACCGCACCAAUGAUGUACACUUGGAUUAUCUGCAACGAAUGUGAAGUUUAACCAAUGUGUAUACCGACUGCACAGGAAUCGUAAUUUUGAGCAAACGUCUUGAAAAGUUUGUCUGGAAAAUUAAGCGUAUACAUAUACACAGCAUCAAAAUCGUCAUGUAAAAUUUUCAUUUUACCAUCAUCAAAUAACUAUUGUUCAAAUGAAUCGUACAUAGAUUCACAAAAGUCGGUAAACCACUGGCUAAUUAUUUCAUGCUCCCCCCGGAAGUGGAAUGAAGGCGUUCUGACUUGGAUGCCAUUGUCAAUAUAAUAAUAGAUGCAGAUUAGCGCCGAAUGUCUCUACGGUAACAAAAUAUGUACAAUUGAAUUGGCACUAAGUGGCCAGUUUUGGCGUCCGGAUGAAUUGGCCAAACAGUGGAAAUACCAUAUACACUGUAACCGUCAAUGAGAAAACAAUUGUUUGAGUGGUGUAAUGGACGGAACAUGUACAGCAAAGGUCAAAUGUCGAUGUGUAUCUUGCUUAUAGAGUGUUACAGUAACAAUAGGUGUUGCUCAAAAGCGGGGCUGGUCAGUGGAUCGGAGGUUAAUCGAUGACCAUCAGCAGGCCAACUCUUAGAUCAGUUGUUCGGGGAGAUCAGGGUGAUCAGGAAUCGGCCAAUUCUCUUUGAAAUAAGAACAAUCACUGCUGAUACAAUGAUAAGCCAAGUGGCUGCUUUGGCUGUAUCUUGGAUUGUUACUAGAAUAAACAUCAUUGCAUCACUCCGGGCAUCGAGUAGGACACAUAGGGCUUAUCGACACGUUAUGUGUUAUCUCCCGCACUUCUGUUAUAAUGCGGUAUUGAUUACUGACUGAUAAGCAUUUAGGCUGAAGACUGCCACACGAAAGAAUAAGCGUAUUGAUUAUCACCAUUGUAUUGUGUCUUUGAUGUAUUUGAAGAUUACUCAUUGCAAAUGAGUAAUAUUUGCCGAUUGUUCAGAAAUUUGAUAAAGUUAACAACGAGAUUGUUGUAAACCUUUAAAUGUGAAAUAUAAGACAAUGUGCUCAUAAACGUAUUUAAAACAAAAAACAGUUGUCUCAAAUCCUAUUAGAAAUACUGCAGAUCAAAAGUGUUUCGAUGAAACUUCCAGAGCAGUUAACAACGAUGACGUUAACAACGAUGAGGUUAACAAUGAUGUCAAAUUUAACGAAAUUCUGAAUAAUCGGCCCAGCACCAUGCCAACUACUAUACUAUAAAUCUAAUUAUAUACUGUAUUUUCAUUCAGUUUAAUUAUCAAAAUUUAAAACUGGACUCUCACAGAUGGACCACUUUCUCAAGUUCUUAUUAUGUUAAAUGCAGAAAAGCUUAUUUACCUUAAACCACAAACAAAAUUUCAAAUUUCGAUGGUAAAUAUUGAAAAAUAUUGAAAAUAUUUUGUCACCAGUCUUAUAUUACUGGUGUCGUGAUAUUCACGCAAAGAUUGGUUCAUUCCAAGACAAAAUAUAAAAAAUAGUUGUCAAAACGGUCAAUCAGUGAGAAUGCUGCUUUAAAUCAACAAAACAUGUCAUAAUCAUAUUAUUAACAAUGGACUAUGUACUCGGACAAUAUAGUCAACGGUUGAUAAACUUAUUUCCAUAAACAUAUUAAACAUUGUAAUUAUACAAAUGAGUAUGGCUUUUUGUAUUUCCAAGAAAAGCCUUUUACCCAAAUCCGACCAUAUCAUUGUUUUUAAUCUAGCUUUUAGUUCUGUUGUGCUUAAAUAUUUCCAUUUUAUUUAUUCUCGAACUAAUAAAUUUAUCAUUAUAGGUCUGGGCUGGUAUUUAAUAUUGAUCUUAAUUAGAUCUUAGAACGAUGUAGCUAAUCGGAUUUGUAUAACUGACCAAUAAUGUGAAUGAAGUCAAUGAUGUAUGACUAUAAGGAUUACUUAAGUUGUAAAAUGAAUACCUGCCCAGAUAAAUAAUUUAACUCUUUAUAAAUUAUGUUUGAAAAAUCAGAAAUAUUUUCAAAAAGGUAAAAAUAUACAUGUAUACAAAGAUCUAGAUGACAGUAGUCUGUCACGUCUCUCUAAUAUAAUUGCUUGAUAUAUUAUGAUGAAUAAUUAUUUGAAUUGUAUAUUUAAAAAAUAAUUCUGUGUUUGUAUAUGAUGUAUACAGUCCUGUAAAAUAUUGAACUAUUAAAUACUCUCUACACUAAUUGUUUUCUUGACUAAAAGUUCCUUUUAACAAAAUGUGAACAAAAUGAUUUGGCCUAAAAUUUCCCCGAAUGCCACCACCAGUGGUUGCACAUAUAUACA